AUGGAGCGGCGUGUGGACCCUGAAGAUGGCAAGGCUCAGACUCUGGAUGAAAUGAUGCUCAAGUACAAGGGUGUUUACAGCAAGAGUGAAGUUGCGGAGUACUUCAAGUCUGAGUGUCGGCUUGCAGCAGGAGAUCAGAGAGGUCCAGCAGAGAUCGAUGGACUUCGACAUUGGCUGCGGGAGACUGGGUAUGAGCGUUCUUACCUACAAAUAGUGCGAUGGUGCGAUGAGAAUGGGGCGGUGCUUCUGGAAGAGGUUCAAGAGAACUGGGAGCAGAUCGUCAGCGAUUUGAAGCUGGUGCAGGCCGCCUGCCCGACUCAAGCUGCAGGCCAGGAACAAGCAAUGCUGGAAGUGCCUGGCCUAGCCAAGUGGCUCGAAGAGGUCGAGCUCGAGGAGUACUUGGAAGAUGUCCUGGAGUGGUGCCAGGAGAAGGGCGUCAGAGCCCUGAAGGACAUCCAAGCAAAGUGGUUUGACAUCCUGCAAGACUUGAAGUUGAAAACUGCCAAAGAGCAGUUGCCUGGAAAGCGCGUCUCAGUGCGGGUGCUCAAAGGCAAAUGGCAGGGGAGCUACAUGGCGCAGGUCUUGGAUGUGACGACGGCGGGAAUUCAAAUCAGGCAUUUGGAGGAUGACUUCGAGGAGACGCUGCCGCUGGAUGCACUGGGUGGAGGGAAGUAUCUGCUGGAGCCCGUGGACUCGGACGACGAGGAAGCUGCAACCAGCGUGUCAGAGCUGCUCCGCGCUGGGCAGCUGCGUGUGGAUGCGACAGGUGCAGGCCUGGAGCUUCGCUGGGUUAAGCUGGGCUACGCCGUCGACAAGGUUGAAAGACAGCCUGGCCAAGCAGAUUUACGUCAAGGAGAUGUGAUCCUGGCAGUGGGCGACUCGUUGCUGACUGGCCUGGACGAAGAUACGGUUGAGGAGCGUUUCAGUGUUGCCUUCGGUGAUGGAGUUGGUUUGGUGACUGGCUGCCUGAGUGAUUUGAUGAAGCAUCCCGUCGAAAGUGUAGCGAAUGAGGUGAAGCGCUUUCUUUAA